CCUUAGUAAUUGGCCGCACGCCGACCAGUUCUAGCCUGUUUCAACCUGUCCGUACUGGUUUAGGCCGGAAUUUCCGCGCGAGUUUCACCUGUCAAUGUAUCAAUAAGGACGGAUAUUAUGGAACGAUGGCUAUAAUAGUAAUAAAACAAAACAAUAUUGUUUAAUUUUAGUGAGUGGUAGUUAACUUUAGGAUAAGUUUUAAAGUUUAACAUUUUAUUCGUAAAGUUAUUGUAAGUAGUGUACGAUUAAUUAGUGAAGUGAAAAAUGGAUGUUUGACCUAUAGUUGCGAGUAAAGUCUGCAUUAACCCAGUUGCAGCUCGCUUUUCGCUUCCUAUGCCGAUGCCGGAAGCAAAACAACUACGACCUAGAGACCGAUUUGGGUGGAUCACGAGCUGGAUUAAGUUGUGGAGGCGAGGACGCGCAAACAAUCCCAGUGAAAAUGUAAUCUCACAGCUUUUGGAAGGUGUCUGAUUAAUUAUUUUAAAAAACUGUUUGCUGGAGGAUGGAGUGGCUUCGGUCAAGCCCAGCAAGAGCCCUUUCCUUGUGGACUUUGUUGAUCUGCAGCUUCAAUAUCGCAGGUCUCCGGCCGUUGUCGAGUGCCAGGGCGGAAUCUCUGGACGUUGUCAAAGUGACAGGGGUGUCGGGCGGCGAGGCCACGCUGCCGUGCGACACCCGGUCUCCCCAGCCGCCUGAUGCCCUGCUGCUUGUAGUAUGGUACAAGGACGACGUGCCUAUUUACAGUUUCGAUGGACGAGUGACAGGCCCCACAGCACACUGGGCUGACGAUUCGCUUGGCGGUCGAGCGGCUUGGCUGCCGAGCUCACCUACAGCACUUAGGCUGCACCAUGUGCAGGCCUCAGACCGCGCCAUGUACAGGUGCCGGGUCGACUUCAAAGUGUCGCCCACAAGAAACCAUAAGAUCUCUUUAGAUGUCAUCGAGUUACCAGAAAAACCGAAAAUAUUCGACGAACUAGACAAAGAAGUAAGCGGCGUGGCUGGUCCGUACAUAGAAGAUACCAGUGUGAAGCUCACCUGUGUUGUAAGUGGAGGUAAACCAAUGCCCCGCCUACGAUGGUGGCGGGAUGACAAGCCUAUUCACACCUUGGAACCCUUAGAAGAUGGUUCUGGGGUCAGCACACUGGAACUGAAGAUCCCUCGUCUCACCAGGGAUUACUUAGAAGCUGUGUAUACCUGCACCGCGGAUAACACACUGCUGGUGCCUCCUUUGAGGGUUAACGUGCAAAUACAGCUAUACUUGAGACCACUGUUAGUGGAAAUCCUAGCCAGAGAACAGCCGUUGUCUGUGGGUCAAGAAGCCGAACUGGCCUGUCGAGCCGUGGGGGCGAGACCACCUGCCAUUAUCACCUGGUGGCUCGAAGGGAAACAAAUGAAUGCUGAUGGGCCACAGAAGAACUCUGAGAACGGAAACGAGACAGUUUCGUUCCUGCGCUGGACCCCGCGGAUGGAGCACGACGGUCGAGUGCUGACCUGCCGGGCUACUCACGCCACCUUGGAACACGUCACCAUUGAAACAACAAAGUCGCUUAAUUUGCAUUAUAUACCCAUCGUGUCUCUACAAUUGGGCUCCAAACUGAACCCUAAUGACAUAGAGGAGGGAGACGAUGUAUACUUCGACUGCAGCGUACGCGCACAUCCACAAGCCUACAAAGUUGUGUGGGAACACAAUGGUCAAAUUAUGACGCACAACCAGCGAGCAGGCGUGAUAGCUGGCCAGGCCCACCUCGCUCUACAGGGUGUCUCGAGAGAAAACGCCGGAAAAUAUGUAUGCACCGCAUCCAACGUCGAAGGCGAUGGACGCUCUGCGCCUGUUACCUUGCAGGUCAUAUAUAAGCCCGUGUGUAAGAAGAAAGCGCCGGCAAUCGUUGGCGCGGCGCUGCAUGAAGCGGCCAGGGUGGCUUGCGAAGUGGACGCUUACCCGCCACCGAAGAACUUCCAAUGGACACUCAACAACUCCAUGGGGACUGUGGAGCUGGACUCGGCAAAAUUCACGACAAAGAACGGCCAGUCUAUCCUUACAUACACUCCUACUGCGGAAGGGGACUACGGAUCUUUAGCGUGCAGGGCUACAAACUUAGCUGGUCAGCAGAUAGAACCCUGUCGAUAUACGCUACUGCCAGCAGUGCGGCCCGACCCACCUUUCAAUUGCUCUUCCUUGAAUCUAACCGAAGAUUCCGUUGAGCUGCGAUGUACGGCAGGUUACGAUGGUGGUCUGCAUACAUUGUACUUCGUCGAGGCGUGGGAGCACGACACGCUAUUGACGAACGCUUCUUCUAUUUCUCCGGUGUGGAAGCUGCGCAAUCUGGGCUCUGGGAAAGCCGUGAAACUAGUUUUCUACGCAAGUAACGCUAGAGGGCGUUCGGAAACCACGACGUUAAGGGUGCUAACAUUAUCUCGGCUGGCAUUACAUACUGAAGCAAAAACCGUAAAUGGCAGCAGUAUGGAAGCGGGUUGGGCUUUAGGAAUUAUAGCAGGGACAGUGGGGACCCUGGUUGUAGUUGCCGUCAUAGCCCUGCUCGCGAGGAGGAGGCAUCACCGACCCAUGCAGUAUGAAGCUCCUAUUCAAACGGUGAAGGCUUACAUUGGAUCAAUUCAGAGCAACAACCAUUCGCCUAUUCAGCCCGACGACAAAAAUCCGGACGUUAUACCCCUGGGGAAAGAUUUCAACUGUGCCCGUGAUUUGGAACGGCCACCCGAGCCUCCGCCCUACGGAGCUGUGAUGUCGCCACCCGUGGGCUCUUCUCGGAGCGCGCACAGCAUCCAUCAGGACAUGCGAUCUAACACUCCACACACGCCAAACACUCCCGCGUCUGAUGUUCAGAGUAUUGGGACCUUAGCAGACGAUCGCCGCAGCGUAACAAGCGGCACUCUGUCAAGACGGAGAGAGGUCGUCACCACGAGGACUCCUCUCCUAGCGAACACGCGGGAGAGCUGCGUCUAGUCGGCAUAACUUGACAAAGUGGAGAACGCUCACAAAAUUCGAAUGGAUAAACAAAAGAACACGAAUUUAUACAAGCGUUUUUAUCUUUAUUUUGGGGAAAUAGGCAUAAUAAUAUACUUCUAUUUAAUUCUGUGUUAAACCGAUUAUAAAGCAGGUUUCGUUUAGGCAAAGCAUAAGGCAUCGAAGUAAGACUAUCCUUGAGGCCGAUUCUAAGUUUGAAAUGUCAAAUAGUUUUGCUAUUGUUUUGAUACGACAUUGAUGUUGGUCUGCAAUGUAUUUUGCUCGCACCAAUAAGAGUGAAUAAUUAAACAAAUGUCUAAACCGUAGUAGAUUUACUCUGAAUACUGAUGCUGUUGCCUUUAGCAUAAAAUAGGUAGAAUUUUAAAACAACAAAUUAUUUUUCAUCUCUCUUGCUUGGGUAUAUUUCACGGUACGUUUUUCUCUUGCUCUGUAAUACCACAAAAAACGAUAAUAUUACAUAUCAGCCUCAAACACAGUGUGAUAAAAAAUGCAUAACAACAAUUCAUAAAUAAAAAGCGAUCAAAGGUGAGUCGGCUUAAAAAGGAAAAAAAAACACUGUAAUAAAGGAUUAUAGUACGGAACCUCAGCAGUGCGAGUUCAACUUGCACUUGAUCGAUUUAAUUUUUUUUUCAGCAUUUUAAUAGAUAAAGGAAAAAAUGUUUAUUAUUACAGUGUCAAUUUUUGACAAGAAGAAUAUAAUAUAAUAAUACACUUUCAUAUCGAUUGCAUAUUCAAAAUAAAUAUCUUGGCUCAAUAAUGUAAUUUAUAAAAUUAAUUAAGUUGGUAUGACUGAUUUUGUAUCGUUACAUGUAGCAUUUCUAUUUAAUUUUUUGGAAUAUGUUUUAUAUUAUUUGCUGUCCUUGAAACGUUUGGUGCGACGAAAUGUUACGUAAAAUGAAUAAUAAUUAUUUAAAAAUGGGUUUUAAAAUGAAACAUAGGACAAUAAAUCCAAUUAAAAUGUAAAGUUAAUGCAUAACCAUAUAACGACUACAAACUUUUUUUUUAACACAAAAAUAGAUAGGUACCCUUUUAUUAUGUUUUUCUGAAAACAACAUCUGAUUACGUUACGUCAUAGUGUAAAUAAAAAAAAACUGUUACAAUGAUAUUAUGUUCAAGUCAAUAACAAUAUCUAUAGGUACAUAAAUAAUAAAUUUCGAAUGAAAUACGAAGAACGACUCUCAAUUUCGGAAAUCUAUUAUUAUAAAUAAGUGUAAUACACUAAGGAAAUAUAAGUAGUUAAAUGACUCUGCUAUUAAUAAAUUAGUUCUAACAACUUUGUACGGCAUAUAACUUUUAAUAAAAAAAAAACACUGUGAUGCUAUAAAGUUUAAUUGUUAUACUUUAUACUUUAACCUGGAGUUUAACACUAAAAUUAUUUGUAAAUAGUCUUUGUGAAUUAUGAAUUCUAAAGUAAUAUAUAAAUUAAGUAAAUAUUUAAUAAAUUUUUGUAUAUAUGUAUAUAGAUGACACUAAUAUAAAUAAUAAUUGUUUAUGACAUUUAUGUUACAUUACAUUAUAUUUUAAAUAACAACACUUCGCACUCGGUGUCCUGAAUUCGUAUUUUUUUAUUUUAUAUAUAAAUAUUCAAGUAAGUUAAAAAUGUGCUGUUAUUUGAUAUUUGAUAUCAUUAUUGAUGUCGAUGGUCCUUAAUGGUUGUUUCAUUUGCUUGGGUACAAUUUUUUAUUUUAAUUUCCUGCUAAGAUAUUGUAUUUUCUGACUUUCUAAAGACUUCUUGACAUAUCGUUAAUCUAAAAUAAAUAUGUGUAAUGUUUCUUGAAGGAAUAAAUUUGCUUAUUAGCAAAAUAUGUAAC